AUGGUAGCUGUUGUCAACAGUGGUUGGCGAUUGCUCCAAAGAAGGCCAGUUAUUGCCUCUAUUUACAGAGUUUCUGUUGCUAAAAAGAGUUCAGCCGCUCCAGAAAAUGUCGAACCCAACACUGAAUCCCUUUUUACGAAUGAACACGCGGAAAUAAGGCGAACUUUGGCCAAGAUCAUUGAAAGAGAUAUCAACCCUUAUGUGGACCAAUGGGAGUCGCAGAAACAGUUUCCUGCACACGAGGUCUUCAAGAAACUUGGCGAGGCUGGGCUACUUGGAGUAAACAGGGAUCCAGCAUUCGGUGGUCUUGGCUUGGACUACAGCUACAGUAUGGCAAUUGCUGAGGAGAUGGGCAACAUUAAUUGUGGCGGUGUGCCAAUGGCUAUAGGAGUUCAAACAGAUAUGGCCACACCGGCCUUGGCAAGAUUUGGUAGUGAUGAACUGAAGCAGCAGUUCUUGGCUCCAACCAUAGCUGGGGAUAUGGUGGCCUGUCUAGGAGUGAGCGAGGCUGGAGCUGGAUCAGACGUAGCAAGUGUAAAGACUUCUGCCGUGAAGGACGGUGAUGAUUAUGUCAUCAAUGGUGGUAAGAUGUGGAUAACGUCAGGACUUCAGGCCGACUGGAUCUGUCUGCUCGCCAACACGAGCCAGGAACCUCCUCACAAGAAUAAGUCACUCAUUUGUGUCCCAUUAAGUUCACCAGGUAUUCAGAAGAUCAAGAUCAAUAAACUUGGAAUGCAUAGUUCAGACACAGCUCAGCUGUUCUUUGAAAAUGUGCGGGUUCCUCAGAGUUAUCGGAUCGGUGAUGAGGGAAUGGGAUUCACGUAUCAGAUGCUGCAGUUCCAGGAAGAGAGAAUGUGGGGGGCAGCAGGAUCUUUGGUACCGAUGGAAAAAAUCAUCAGAGAAACAAUAGAAUACACACGACAAAGGAAAGCCUUCAACCAACCUAUCCUCAACAACCAAACCGUCCACUUCAGACUGGCAGAAUUCCAGACAGAAGUCGAACUACUCAGGGGGUUGUUGUACAGAGCAAUAGGUCUGUACGUCCACGGUAAUGAUGUGACAAAGCUGGCAUCAAUGUGCAAGCUGAAAGCUGGCCGUCUCAUGCGGGAGGUGUUCGAUGGCUGUCUGCAGUAUUGGGGUGGGAUGGGAUUCACCAGUGAUGUACUCGUCAGCAGGUUUUACAGGGAUUUCCGCCUCGUGUCGAUUGGAGCCGGGGCAGAUGAGGUGAUGUUGUCCAUUAUCAGUAAAUACAUGGGCAUCCUACCAAUGCCCCCAAGUGUCAAGCUGAAGUAGUAUACCAGUAUGUGCUGUGUUUGCGUCGAGGGCCAUGAUGCUCGUAAAACAGGUGCUGUAGGCCUAAUGCAAUAAAACAUUGAACACAUUCCGAACGCAUACCAAGGGUGGAUUGUGUCAAUGUCUUUCCCUGUAUCCCUGUUAACUACGGUAUGCAACUACUAGUAAAUUUGUCGAGUGAAUUCAACUGACGUUAUGUGUGAUAUACGAGUCUCAUAUUGAUUUAAAUGAAAUAUGGCUUAUUAAAUUGAA